AUGAACGUAUCAACUGCUGAGAAGGCUGUGAAGGCUUUUCUUCCUAACCCCGGUUUUUUGAUGAAGAAGAUUCCCACUUGGAAACUCACUGUGAAGGAGUGGAACGCCGAGGAGUUCAAGACGCAGGUGGCCAAUCUGUUUGAUGAGCUGAACGAGCAAUACGGAUGGCUCCAGGAGAAGUUGGAGUUUGCUGAGGAGCAGGCUUACCUUGCCUACAAGAAGAACGACAAGGAUAAGAUGAGAGACAAAGUUUCCGAGAUGAUGGUUUUCGAGAAGAAGAUUGCUCUGGUGGAGAAGAUCUCUCCCAUGGUGGAGAACGUUCAGUCCCAGGCCAAGACUCUGCGCAAGGAGAAGAAGUGCCCCGAGGAGUUGGAGAAGGAUGUCGCUGUUGUUAUCUAUCUCGCUGACGUGUUCAGCAUUCCCUCUUUCCUCCGUGUGAAGCACCAGUUCACCUUCAAGUAUGGUGAGAAAUAUAUCGAGAAGAUCUGCGGCAAGAAGCACACGAACGUGGAUGAGGAGAUCAUUGCCAUGGUGGAGUACAAGCCCGAGUCCAAGGCCGUGAAGGAGCGCGCCAAGCAGGUGACGGAGGAUUGCAAGAAGCGCGAGAAGGAGGAGGAGAAGGCCAAGAAGGAGGCCGAGAAGGCCAAGAAGUCCGGAAAGUCGGGCAAGUCCAAGAAGCAUCAUCAUAAGAAGGAGUCGUCUUCGGAUGAUUCCGAUUCUGAUUCCGAUUCUGAUUCUUCGGAGGAUGAGAAGCCUAAGAAAAAGUCCAAGAAGUCCAAGAAGGAGUCGUCCUCGGAUGAGUCUUCUUCGGAGGAGGAGAAGCCCAAGAAGAAGUCCAAGAAGUCCAAGAAGGAGUCGUCCUCGGAAUCGGAGUCCUCGGAGGAGGAGAAGCCCAAGAAGAAGGAGAAGAAGGCCAAGAAGGCCGUUUCUUCGGACUCUGAGUCUUCGGAGGAGGAGGAGAAGCCCAAGGAGAAGAAAGAGGAGGAGCCUAAAGAGGAGCCUAAGGAGGAAGCCAAGGAGGAACCUGCUGCGAGUGCGUAAAUGUUGCAGAUAGCCCUGAUUGUU